CUUUCUUGAUAUGAGACGUCAGCCGGGACCUUUUCGGUCGUGUCCGGACAGCCUACGUUGUCUCAUAGCUGUGCCUUUUUUCAACAGCUCAUCCAUAUUGGAAUUCAUGCUCUGACUAUGUGUGUCUAUAAGGAUGACAAGUUUGACAGUGAGAAGAAAUCGCUUACCCCACAAUCAGUAAGAGGUCGACAUAAACCAUCAAAAUGAAGCUUGUGUUCUCGGUGGCAGUCUUAAGUUGCUGGAAUGCGUGGGCAGAAGCCUUUGCUCCGAAUACGAAUGUGCCGUUUCACCGAAUAGCGAAAGCACAAUCGUCGCUUUCUAUUGUUCAAGCGCCUGACUUCUCUAGCGUCGGCUCGCAUCUCGAAGCCCAAGCCAAUGUCGAGUAUUUAAAAAAGCUGGCACGACCAGACAAGCCUUUGCAAGUUAUCGUCGUGGGUGGUGGAUUGGCCGGACUGUCCACCGCCAAACAUCUGGUCGAUGCGGGACACCGACCCAUCGUUCUGGAAGCGCGCAGCUUGCUCGGCGGAAAAGUCGCGGCGUGGAGAGACACUGACGGGGAUGUCACCGAAACCGGUUUGCACGUUUUCUUUGGCGCCUACCCUAAUGCUCUCACGUUGUUUGACGAACUUAAGAUUGCCGACCGCCUCCAGUGGAAACCGCACCAAAUGCUUUUUGCCAAACCGGGUCGGCCCACGAGGGAGUUUAGCGUCUUUGACUUUCCGCCGUUACCGGCACCGCUCAACGCGGCGGUAGCCAUUCUGUCCUGUACCGAUAUGUUGACUUGGCCGGAAAAAAUUCGACUCGGUAUUGGUUUGAUCCCGGCCUAUUUGCAGGGUCAAACUUACGUGGAGAGUCAGGAACACGUGACGGUACAACAGUGGAUGGAGCAACGGGGGAUUCCACAAUCCGUGACCGAUGAAGUUUUUCUGGCCAUGUCGAAAGCGCUUGGUUUCAUCGGACCCGAACAACUCUCGAUGCAAUGCGUAUUGAUUGCCUUGAACAGAUUUUUGCAAGAAACUAAUGGUUCUCGUAUUGCCUUUCUGGACGGUAGCCCAACGGAGCGACUGUGUGAGCCGUUGAAGGAGUACAUCGAAGCUCGUGGUGGACUCGUCCGCACCAAUGUUCCGGUCAAACGCAUUCUCACCAACCUGGACGAAAACGAUUCAGUCGCUGGAUUGUUGCUCAAGGGCGGCGAAGUCGUUUCGGGUGAUGCGUACGUUAACGCCAUGCCGGUAGACGCCUUGAAAAAACUGACUCCCGAACCGUGGCGCAAAAUGGAGUACUUUCAACGAAUGCAAAAACUGCGCGGCGUACCGGUGAUGAAUUUGCAUCUUUGGUUCGAUCGGAAACUGUCAACCGUCGACAAUUUGAUUUUCAGUCGAUCGCCAUUACUGUCCGUCUAUGCUGACAUGAGCGAAGCAUGCGAGGGAUAUGCUAGCAAGCACGUGUCCAUGCUGGAAUUGGUCUUGGCCCCGGCCGCCAAGUACAUGACCAAGUCGGAUGACGAAAUCUUACAAGCGACCAUGCUCGAACUGGAACGACUAUUUCCCCAAGAAAUCAAGGCUGACGGUAGUUUGGCGGCGGUUACCAAGUUUACCCUCGUGCGCACACCCACCUCCGUAUACGAAACCUUGCCGGGAAUGGAAGCAGCCCGACCCACCCAAAAAUCUCCGAUAUCCAACUUUUUCUGUGCCGGUGACUUUUCCAGUCAAAAAUACUUGGCUAGUAUGGAGGGGGCCAUUCUUUCGGGACAAUUGGCCGCCAAAGCAGUGGCGGAUUCGUACGUGAACGCGGCGUCCAAUGACCAAUCAGCGGUGGUGGCACCCCCACGGCAAUUGACUCCACGACCGGCCGAUCCGUCAGCUGCGGAUGCGCACGACGUUGUACCGGACCGGACCAUGUACGUGGCGAAAGUUGCGUCGCACAUCCCCGCCAGUGUACAAGAAGAAUUAGAGGGGGCCGUCGUUGUGUAG